AAUUUGCUUCACAGUAUCAGCUUCAUUAGAAGAUUCACUAUCAUGGCGUCGUCUCUGCGGAGGAAGAGAGUCUCCAUCAUAUCUCUCUCAGAAAGGAUGAAAGUCCCACCAAAUAAACCAAAAGCAUUGUUCGGACGUAGGCAUAGCCAGGUGGUGCUCAUGUGCCUGGGAUUUUUCUGCUGCUACGCCAUCCGAGUGACGACGUCUGUGACCUUAGAGGCGAUGACCAACGCGGUCAGUGCCAAUCCAAAUUUCGAGGUACGUGUCAAUACCGUCGACUAUCUUCUCUAUUCUCGUGAUCUAAAAAGCAAGCGCCUUUCCGCUCUUCCAAAGGUGUUCCACUGGGAGGAGCGGGUGAAGCAUUUGAUUCUCAGCUCCUUCUUCUGGGGCUAUACCUGUACGCAAAUACCUGCCAGCAUCCUCACUCAGCGAUGGUCCGCCCAGGGAUUAUUUUCGGCGACCUUGAUCAUCUCCGGAUUAGUGACCCUCAGUACCCCCAUGGCCGCCCAUUAUGGUGGUUGGGAGUUAGUGAUCGCCACAAGGGCGAUAUGUGGUCUCGUCCAGGGUUCUGCCCUACCGUGUCUGCACACCUUGCUGUCCAAAUGGUCGCCACCUGAGGAGCGUGGUAGAUUUUCAAUGUUUGUUUAUUCUGGCGGCUGGAUCGGCAACGUGGUAUGCUUGCUGAGCUCCGGCUUCCUCGCGGCAUCGUCCAUCGGUUGGCCUAGUUGCUUUUAUGUUUGGGGCAGCCUCGGCGUCGUUUGCGGUAUCUGUUUCUACUUGUUUGGGAAGGAUUCACCCGCUGAACAUCCAAGCAUACCUCUCGACGAGAAGGAAUACAUCGAAAUGAGUCUGGGAGUAACUGAAGUCAAUGAGAAACCCUCCACUCCGUGGAAAUCUAUACUGCUAAGCGUACCGGUCUGGGCACUACUGAUAGUGCAAUGCGCGCAAUCCUGGGGAUUCUGGAUGUUGUUGACAGAAAUUCCAUCCUACAUGACGUCAAUCAUGCGUUUCGAUAUUAAGAAGAACGGUAUGAUGACGGCGUUGCCCUAUUUUUCGGCGUGGCUCUGCGGCUUUCCGAUCAGUUACAUAUCUGAUCUCUGCAUCAGGCGAAACAUCGUGACAACCGAAAUAUCUCGGAAGAUCUGUAAUACAAUCGGCCACUGGUUGCCUGCGGCUGCGCUGGUCGGGUUGGGUUAUGUGAGGCAAGAUCAGCCGGAGCUGGCCGUCGGCAUCCUCGUGAUCGCUGUAUCUUGUAACGUCGCCGCUUUCUGCGGUCACAACGUCAAUCACAUGGAUCUCAGCCCGAACUUCGCCGGUCCGCUUAUGGGAUUCACGAAUACAAUUGCGUCCGCCUGUGGAAUCAUUGCGCCGCUGGCCGCCGGGUUGAUUAUCAAUGACUCUACUAAUAUACUGGAAUGGAGAAGCAUUUUCUUCCUGUCGGCCGUAAUAUACACGGUGGGCAACCUAGUCUUCAUCUUGUUCGGUACCAGUAAGGUACAAAAAUGGAACGAUCCAGUUAAAAGCAAGCGGGACAGCGCUGAAUGGAACACAUCGAAGAUGCCGGUGACCAUCGCGACGAUACAGGAAAAGGAACUCGAGAAAAUUCCAUGACAAACAAAAUAGAGAGACUUACGCGACACAAUACUUGUUUCCUUUUUUUUAUAUUUUAUUUUACAAAUUAUUUGUUUAGUUAUCUGUGUGGAUGUGUAGUUUGUAUGGUGACAAACUUCUGAAUGACUUAGAAUAUUAAUGUUAUCUCGAAAGCGUGUGUACAAAAUACAAAACGCCUUGACUAGAAACUGAGUGUAAAUAUCGCUCGAAUAUAUACAUAAUUCGAUUAUGUAUGUAAUUGCAUACAUAGAACGUGUCGAAGCCGUUUCUUUUUAAUUUUGCUUCAAGAUAGGAAGCUGAGGAAUCAAUUCCUGUAAUUAAUUUCAAUUUUGGAUUCUGCGGUCAUGGAAAUGUAUCGCAACUCGUAUUGAAGAGCA